CCAGCUCCGAAAUUAAAUGAGGUUCAACUAUAAACGAAUUGAACAUGACCUCUCUCUCUCUCCUCUCGUUUUCUCCCUCUAUAGCUAGCUCAUUGAUUUGAAACAACCCCAGAAAACCAGUUUAUAAGCUUCAGUGAAGAAGAAACUAGAAGAAAGAAAGAUGGAAGGGCAUGGACUUACAAGUCUUGUAGUAUUGGGAGUUAUUUCAUGGACAACAGCAUUUCUAUUCAUCAGAAAAAUGUGUCCAAAGAGAUCCUUUGGAUUCUGCAACCGCCUUGUUUCGACAAUCCAUGCAACCAUUGCUGUAACCCUAGCUUCACUCUCUGUCGAAGACUGGAGAUGCCCAGUUUGUCCUCUGGCUGCUCAAUCUUCUCCUCAGCAGAUGAAAGCACUAGCAGUGAGCCUUUCUUAUCUCAUCUAUGAUCUCAUCUGUUGCCUUUUUGACAAGCAAUUCAGUCUUGACAAUUUCUUCCACCAUUUGGUUAGCAUUAUUGGAAUUGUAGCAGGCCUUGCAUACCAAAGGUGUGGGUCAGAGAUGGUAGCAGCAUUGUGGAUAACAGAGGUCUCUAGCCCUUUCCUCCACUUGAGGGAGAUUCUCAAAGAACUUGGUUACAAGGACACCGACCUAAACUUAGCAGCAGAUAUUUCAUUUGCAGCUAUAUUCUCGGUUGCAAGGAUGGGAGGCGGACCUUAUCUCGCUUAUGUAACACUAUCUGCUCACAAUCCUUUCAUCAUUAAGGGAAUGGCAGUUGGACUGCAGCUGGUCAGUACUUUCUGGUUCUACAAGAUAGCGAGAAUGGUGAUGUACAAAUUAACCAAGAGGACGACUAGUGCAACGAAGGAGGCUGACAUCAACCAUAAAGAGAAAAUUGAAUACGAUUGA